GGAGAGGAUAAUGAGGAAGAUGAAGAUGUUGUGGCCCAGCUUGUUGUCCCCAGAGGUCUUCGCCUGUUCUUCGAGGCAGGCGAAGAUACCCCGGAGGAGGCCGCAUGCUCGAGUGUGGCUAUGGAGGCCCAUGUCCCAAACAAACUUUUCGAAUUUGACUGGCAGGCCAUUCCCGGUGACCACAUUUACCCUCAACUAAGGAGAGAGCAUUUUGUUGGUGCAAGUGGCCCCAUGAUUGGUUCUAGCGCAUCGCCUUACGCAUCAUUUGUAUCUAUAUGGGAUAGACCAAUCAUGGAGCACAUUGCUAAAGAGACAAAUAGAUACGCUCAAGAAUAUGCGACUCAUCUUAUUAAUAGAGGGAAAAUGAGGCCAUCUAAUCGGAUAACGUUGUGGACAGAAACUGAUGUGGACGAGUUAUACGUUUAUUUUGCAUUAGUUACCGCAAUGGGGAUUGUUUUAAAGACACGAAUUGAGGACUAUUGGACGACUGACAUGACAAUCUUUUCGACGCCAGGUUUUUCUAUUUCUAUGCCCAUCAAACGAUUCCAACUUCUAUCUCGGUAUCUCCAUUUUAUUGAUAAUUCCCAGUUUUCGACAAACAUUAGUCACUCCCAAGCCAAAAUUUUUAAACUUCAGCCCAUUGUUCAACAUUUAAACUUAAAGUUUUCCACCUUAUACAGUUUAAGCCAAAAUAUUGCACUGGAUGAAAACUUGACCCAGUGGAAGGGGUGGCUGGACUUCAAGCAAUUCAUCCCCACUAAGGCCUCAGCAGUGGGAAUAAAGAGCUACGAGCUCUGUGAUUCCCGGACGGGGUACUUAUGGCGUUUUGAGGUUCAUGCGGGAGGUGAAUCUGAGACAAAUCAAGAGCUGAUAUCCGGGAGUAUACCGAACCUUGUCUUACGGUUAUUGCGGGGGCUUGAACAUCGUGGUCAUACGGUAUGGAUGGACAGUUAUUACAAUUCUCCAGUCCUUGCCCGCGUCCUAAAGACCUUAGGAUUUGACUGCGUUGGGACCCUCCGUACCAACCGUCAAUUUGUACCAGAUCUAAUAAGAAACUUGAAAUCGUCUGACAUGAGGAAGGGUCAAGUGUGCGGUUGCACUUCGGGAGAUGUCAACUUGAUGGUAUGGCGAGAUCAAAACCAUGUGGCGAUGAUUUCGACGUACCAUGGGGUCGGCGUUUCCGACAACAAACCCAUUCUCAUCAAGGACUUCAGUGUUUGUAUGGAGGGAGUAGAUAAAAAGGACCAAACGGUAUCAAUGUACCCGAUGGAGCGCAAACGUACAAUGAUCUGGUACAAACAAUUUUUCAGGCGCCUUUUAAAUGUUAGCAUUUGGAAUUCUUACAUCAUUCAUAAACAUUUUACACCCACAAUAGAACACCGGGCGUUUCGCAUGGAAUUGGUCACACAAAUCUUGCAACACCACCUACGGAGAACUGAGCUCUCUCUUGUGACCAUGCGUGGGGUGCCGAAAUUUUCGGAUGAGGUCCUUUCGCACUUUCCUACAUUCCUCCCACUAUUUCCUACCGGCACGAAGGGAAGCAGACAAAAGCGCAGAUGCUAUAGAUGCAAAAUCCUGACCCACUUUGUGUGCCGUGCAUGCAACGUCGCUCUUUGUUUCAAUACGCAGGCUUCCUGCUUCAUAUUACACCACUCAUAAACACAGCAGAAAAACACCAUACAGGAACACUUUACAUGGACACUUUUAUGCAUUCAACAUUGCAUUAAAGUUAUCAUUUAAAAGGUCUUAAAUUUUUUUAAGGGUAGGUAUAUCUAUUGAUAUAAUUUUCAUGUCUGUCAGCUCUUGUAAUAUAGCGAUGUUUUGGAUUGAAUUAGUAUAAAUAUGUAUGUGUUUAUUUUAUAUUUAUAUAUUUCAUAACUUUUUAACAAUAUUUAUACUUCCAGACCUAUGACUGACUGAGAGUUUCUCUCCAUUAGCGGUGGGUAAGGCUAACGGUUUCAAAGCUGACGCCAAGUUUAUUUCUUUUUUCACAAGUACAGUAUGUACAUAAAUUCUUUAUUGUACUAUAAACAAAAAUAAGUUGAGUCCGUUUUCCGUGAACUAGCUAGUCCCCAUUCACGAAGUUAUCUUUUUAAAGCACUAUCUAUCCAAAACGAAUUGCUUUUAGGUAUAUCGAUAUCGAUAAAAAUUUUUGGCACCAGUCAAGUUCGGAGAGUGUCUGUGAAAUUCCACAUAUUUGCAAGCUUAUUUGUAUUUGAUUUUGUAUCACAAGUAGUGAUUGUAAUAGUUCUAUCUGUUAGGAAAUUUGAUUUACUAUUUAAUAAAAUUAAAAGUGACUUAGAAUCCAUAUAUUAUUACAAGUAGGUUGUCACUAACCUAGACUAUAGGCGGAGACAAAUCAAGUCACUACAGCCCGACUUUCGUAAUGAUGCCACUUAAAAGUCGCAUGUUUUUUGUGUCUACUUGAACAUACAUUAAAAAGUUUAUGACAACCUGCUUUUUGAGAAUUGUAUGUGUCGCCGCGAGCUUCCGUCAAGAACUAUCAUUUAAAUUUAAUAUUAUGUGUUAGGAUUUAAUUUCAAAUUACUUAUCAUGGUUUGCAUUGAAAAUCGUGAUUUAACUAGGGUCGAUGGUUUUGUCUAUUGUUAUUAGAAUCAGCGCCACCUAUAGGAGGUUUCAUGUACGUCGAAUUAAUUAUAACGCCAUCUGAAUGAUUACAUAUGCAACUGCAGGCAUUAGGUACUCCCACCGCCGGUAAUUUUCCAUGACAUAGCGUCCGGUGGUGGGGCAAGCGCUUGGGAAACGUAGGGCACUGAGUCACUUUGGCUCGAGGUUUUGGAGAGAAAACUUUGUAAGUAGAAGCUUUGUAGGUUUUAACUAAAAACUGUAAUUAUUAAUUUUGUGAACUUGCUUUCUCAAAUGAUAUGAUUAUGAUGAAUCUCAAAAUUAUAGUGUGAUUAUCUUGUUAAACUAGCUGCUGGAUACUUUUACUUUAAGCUUCUAAAAAAAUAAUUUGUAUAUCUGGUUAA